AUGGAUGGGGAGAUAAUGACAAGGUUUGCCAUGGAAGCUCCCAGCUUCCGUGGAUCUUUCGGAGCCGCGGCGGUCGUGCCAGAGAUCGCCGGUAAAGACGAUUUCCCUUUGGAUGAUUUUGAAUUCGCCUUUACUUCGGUUAAAUCGGACCCCAACACCGCGACGGAAACAAACGCCGACAAGAUCUUCCACAACGGUCGGAUUCACCCCGUGUACCCUCGCUUUUAUAGAGAUCUCGUCGAUGGCGGCUUGGAGGAGAAGAAAUUGGAGGGGGGAAUCGGCCACUUGGCUAUGGAUUUUGAGAAGAAAGGGCAGCGGUUGGGAUUGAAGUCAUCAUUUUCGUCAAUUUCAUCAGAAGCUAAGGAACUGGACAAAGCGGGAUGUGUUUUGAAGAGUAAUUCGACGGGGUCGGUGGCUUUGGAGUCCAGGAGAUCGAGGUUCCGGGAUAUUGUCUUUGGACGCAGCUGGAGUGAAGGGGAUAAGCGUCUCUUGGUUCCAGCAUCGGGAAAAAAUAAAAUGGAGAAAAGCUGCUUUCAUCUCUUUAGGUCUAGCUACAAAUCGGCUUCGAAGGAGGUGGAAAAGACGGGGAAGAGGGGGAAAGAGAAUCGCGGUGUAGUGAAGAAUUUAGACAUCGUCACUGCUCACCGGAGCUACUACUGCAGGGGAAUCGCCGGGGGAGCAGAAAUGGCGAUAGGCGGCUCACGGCGAAGUUUCUUACCAUACAGGCGGGAGCUGCUCGCCGGCUGGUUGUUCUGCCAUACCAGGCGCAACGACAUGUAA